AGCCCCUCCUCCCGCCUUUAGGUCCCCUCCAGCUGGCUUCGCAGCGCCCAGACCGGACCGGACCGGAGCGAGCUCAGCCAUGGCGCGGGGGCUCCUGCUGCUCAGCCUGCUGGUCCUGGCUCUGGCCCUGGUGGCGGAGAGGCGGGCGGCGUUCCGAAAGCGGUUCAACGCCUCCCGAGAGGUGAAGCCCCUGGAGCUGCCCGGCUGCCGCCUCAUCCGAGGGAUCGAAACUGGUUCUGAAGACGUGGAGAUCCUGCCCCGAGGCCUGGCUUUCCUGAGCUGCGGCCUCAAGUAUCCGGGCGUGAAGAGUUUUGCCCCACACCAGCCGGGGGAGAUUCUCCUGAUGGACCUGAAUGAGGCCAACCCUGAGGCUGUGGUGCUGCCCAUCCACGGCGGGCUGGACGGGGCUUCCUUCAACCCCCACGGGAUCAGCACGUUCAUCGGGGAAGAUCACAGCGUGUACCUGUUCGUGGUGAACCACCCUCCGUCGGGGACCACCGUGGAGCUGCUGCAGUUCCAGGAGGCGGAGCGAGCCCUCCUGCACCUGAAGACCAUCCGGCACGAGCAGCUCCCCAACGUCAAUGACGUGGUGGCCGUCGGCCCGGAGCACUUCUACGCCACCAACGACCACUACUUCACGGAGCCCCGCCUGCGCGCCUGGGAGCUGUACGUGGGCCUGAAGUGGUCCAACGUGGUCUACUACAGCCCGAGCGAGGUGCGCGAGGUCGCCGGCGGCUUCGACUUCGCCAACGGCAUCACCGUGUCCCCCGACGGGAAGUACCUCUACGUGGCGGAGCUGCUGGGCCACAAGAUCCACGUUUUUGACAAGCUUGCCGACGGGAGCCUCAGAGCGCUGAAGGCCCUAACCUUUGACACGCUGGUGGACAACUUGUCCGUGGAUCCCGCCACGGGGGACGUGUGGGUCGGCUGCCACCCCAACGGCAUGAGAAUUUUCUUCUAUGACCCAGAGAAUCCGCCCCCAUCAGAGGUGCUCCGCAUCCAGAACAUCCUGUCCUCGAGCCCGACUGUGACGCAGGUCUACGCGGAAGAGGGCUUCGUCCUGCAGGGCAGCACCGUGGCCUCGGUGUACGGCCGGAAGCUGCUCAUUGGCACCGUGUUCCACCGCGCACUGUACUGCGAGCUGUAGCGGGGGGCGGGGCCUCGGGGAGAAGCAAUCAAUAAAGAGAGGCCACAGCUGCA